AUGUAAUAAUAAUCAAUAUCAGAUUUCGAUAAUCUUGAACAAGAACAUUAGUUGAUUGAUUAAGUUAAUUAAAAGUCAAAAUCAGCAAAGUUUAAAUAAUAUAAAUAAGGAUAAUAUUAUGGAGAUAUUCAAAACAAUGUUAGACAUGGAUAUGGUAUAUUAUUUAACUAAUUAUUAUAUUUUUAGGACUAAUGACAUAUCAAGUUAGAUAUUAUAUUGGAUUUUGGAAGAAUGAUAAAAAGCAAGGUUUUGGCAAAGAAGUAUUGGAUAAAGGAGAUUCAUAUGAAGGUUAGUUUGAUGAAGGGAAACCUCAUGGUGAAGGUACACUGGAAACUGAGAAUGGAAUAUAUUCAGGUUAAUGGGUUUAGGGAAUAAAAUAAGGGUAUGGGAAAUGGAGAGGGAAAAAUAAUGAAAUUUAUGCAGGAGAAUGGAAAUUCAAUAAGGCAAAUGGGUAUGGAAGAUAUGAUUAUUAAGAUGGAGGAUGGUAUGAAGGUGAGUUCAAGAAUUAUCUUAAGUAUGGAAAAGGCAAAGAAAGCUAUGCGAAUGGAGAUUUUUAUGAUGGUGAUUUUAUUAAUGAUAAACCUGAUGGAUUUGGUGUAUAUAGAUGGUCUGAUGGUUCAUCUUAUCAUGGAACAUUUUUUAGUGGAGUCAGACAUGGUAAAGGCUAUUGGCUAAAGAAUGAAGAUUCUUAAAAUUAUGAGAGUUAUGAUGGACAAUAUGUUAAUGAUUUAAAAUCAGGAUAUGGUGUUUAUAGAUGGUCAAGUGGUAAUGUAUAUGAAGGUGAAUUCUUUAAUGAUCAUAGACAUGGAUUAGGUGAAAUGAGAUGGGCAGAUGGUUCAUUUUAUAAAGGUUAAUUUCAUAAUGGUUAAAUGUGUGGAGAGGGAGAAUUGAAGAGAAACAAUAAACCAAUUAUAUAUGGAUACUUUGACAAUAACAAACUAGUUAAAGAAUAAAAUUAGAAGUCAAUUCCUAUAACUAUUAAUUAGAGUUAAAAUAAUAGUUUUGAUGGUAAAAGAAAUUACUAUUCUCUGUAAUAAUCCUUUAAUCAAAACUAAAAUGGUUAACGGCAUCAGAAAUCUCAUUUUAAGUCUGAAUGUAUUGAACCCAUCUCUAAAUAAACUAAAAGAAAUUGUAAUACUUCAUUGGAUGACAAUCAAAUCUAAUAACAUUAAAAUAAAUUUAAAAUUUCUAUUGAUUUUGAUGAUCAUUAAGGAUUUUCUACUUAAUAAAAGUUCAAAACUAUAAGUACAACAAAUCGUCCUUUUUAAACUCAACAAGAGGGUUUAUUAUAAGUGACUAAUAGAGCAUAAUCAACAAAAAAAGUUAUAAUUGAAAGUGUUAAAUUUAAGAGAAGCUAAAAUUCUUUUCGACUAUAAUCAUUAAACUAAUCUACAAGAUAAACUUAAAAUUCUCUUCCAAAAUAAUCAAUAAAUUGA